CGAGGCUCUCACGCCGCCCCCUCCGCCCGGGCUUCCCUCCACCCUCCGCCCGCCCGCCUGCUCGCAGCCGCGCUCUCCCCGCCCCUCACCGCAGCCUGCAGCCGCGCUCACCGCCGCGGUCCGCCCCGGCGCCCCGGGACCCGUUAGUGCCCAGCCCGCGGGCCGACCGCGACCCCAGCCCGGCGCGAGCCUGCCCCCAGCCCUGCCGACACUUGACCCAGACCAGUCUCAACGCCCAGUGUGGCCGCCCGGGGAGCCGCGGGAGAGGCGGCGGCGGGGGGAGGAGGGAGAGGAGGGCCGAGCCGGCGGCCCGGGAGGCCCGGUUUUGAAGCCGCUUCUCUGCCCGAGUUAGGUUUCGCCCAGCGCAAUUUCUUUCUCUAUGUACUUUGCGAAUAAGUUUCGGAGCAUCGGUUAACAGCCUAUGGGUGAAAUUUGGCUUUCAUUCAUGAAUGAGAAAUUGUUCUUGACAGAAGUAUUUUAAAAGAAAAAUCUUUACGAUGGCCUCAGCAGUACUUAGUUCUGUUCCCACUACCGCUUCUCGUUUUGCCCUGUUACAAGUGGAUAGUGGCAGUGGUUCUGAUUCAGAACCUGGAAAAGGUAAAGGUCGAAAUACUGGAAAGUCUCAAACUUUAGGAAGCAAGUCAACUACAAAUGAGAAAAAAAGAGAGAAAAGAAGAAAAAAGAAGGAACAGCAACAGAGUGAAGCAAAUGAGCUCAGGAAUCUUGCUUUUAAGAAAAUUCCCCAGAAAUCCUCCCAUGCUGUUUGUAAUGCUCAACAUGAUCUUCCAUUGUCAAACCCAGUACAGAAGGAUUCACGAGAAGAAAAUUGGCAAGAGUGGAGACAAAGAGAUGAGCAGCUGACAUCUGAAAUGUUUGAAGCAGAUCUUGAGAAGGCAUUAUUACUAAGUAAAUUAGAAUAUGAAGAACACAAAAAGGAGUAUGAAAAUGCUGAAACUACUUCAACUCAGUCCAAAGUUAUGAAUAAAAAAGAUAAAAGAAAGAAUCAUCAGGGAAAAGACAAACCUCUCACAGUAUCACUAAAAGAUUUUCAUUCGGAAGAUCACAUUAGUAAAAAGACUGAGGAAUUGAGUUCUUCUCAGACUUUAUCACAUGAUGGAGGAUUCUUCAAUAGACUGGAAGAUGAUGUUCAUAAAAUUCUUAUUAGAGAAAAACGAAGAGAACAGCUUACAGAAUAUAAUGGAACAGAUAAUUGUACAGCUCAUGAACACAACCAGGAAGUGGUUCUGAAAGAUGGAAGAAUUGAAAGACUAAAGUUAGAGCUAGAAAGGAAAGACGCUGAAAUCCAGAAGCUGAAAAAUGUAAUUACUCAGUGGGAGGUUUGUGUCCAUUUACUGUUGCUAAAGAAAAUAAUUCUAUACAUUUUCACAUUUUGUUUUUCUUAUAUGUUCCCUGAAGUAUUGUUAAAGUAUUUGAGUGACUGGGAAAUCUAUACUGCUGUUUUUCCUUUUUUGUCAGUGAAAGAUAAGGCAGAAAUACUUCUUCAAGUUGAUGAAUCACAAAGUAUCAAGAAUGAGCUCACUAUUCAGGUGACUUCACUUCAUGCUGCAUUAGAACAAGAAAGAUCUAAAGUGAAAGUAUUACAAGCAGAAUUAGCCAAAUACCAGGGUGGCAGAAAAGGGAAAAGAAACUCUGAAUCCGACCAGUGUAGGUGAUUAAAUUAGCCUUUGAAGUCAACACAAAGUUUAAAACUUUCAGGAUUUUGCAAAAUUGUAUAUAUUUAAUGCCGUGCAACUGCUAAACUAUGCAGUUUUUGUUGAAGGAACUAAAAGCAACUAGCUCACUAAUGGUCUAUAAUUUUAUUUCUUUUGGCUUAAAGUGAAAAAGAAGAAAUAGAGAAUUCCAGCAGAAUUCAGUGGUUAUUGUUUACUAUCCAUACUUCUUAUCACUUUAGUUUUUCAUCAGUCAAUAAAAUUAAUUUACUCUUCCACUAA